GUCUUAACACUCUUCAUAAUUUUCUUGUUGUGCAGGAGAUUCAAAGAAAAGCAUUACAUUAGAGUUCGACAAUCUGUCGGAGAAAAAGUCUGACGGCAGUGCAGUUAAAGAAUCUUCUCAUGUGACAAACACUUUCGCCAACCAGCCGUUUACAUUCAAGCCUAUAGUAGAAGAGGAGUAUCCGGGUACCAGCAUCGGAGUUCAGCGUUUGACAUUCGAGUCAGCCUUAAAGAACGGGGCUUCUCUUAAAGUCCACAUGUAUAUAUUCAAAGAAAGCGGAGAUAUUGUACAAGAGAAUGAAACUGUUUCCGUGAAAGCUGGAAAUGUAAAAAUCAAUAUUGAUAUUACCAGCUGGUCGUUUUGUGACGGUUCAAGUUCUUGCAAGCAGAAUGAGAUGGGAGAAUACCUGGACUUUGACAUCGUAAUGAAGGGUAAAAGUGGCAGUGCGACAAGAGCUGACUCGGAGUCGGGAAAUACGUAUACACUAGGAGAUAGUGGUAGCACAAUGUUGUCGAGAAAGAUAAAAGUUGACGGUGCAGCAGACCUUGUUGAUAUGGCAACAGAUUAUCCUAAGCUGAUAACGCAGGGCAGCAAACAGAUCUUCCGCUUCCGGUUCCCAAAGUUCACGACCAGCAUCUUAUAUGAUCCAACAAUUUUUCUAAACCCAGACGGCACCAACAGUGCUGUGAAGGAAACUAUUUCCGCUUUUAUGCUAGCUGCAGUCGGUGUUUUAUUCUAUAUGCUUUAAUUAUUGAUAUAACUUAAACUUCUUUCGAAUGUUAUGCGUACAUUUUCCUAGGUAUUUUACAUGUCUACAAGUCCCGUGAUGUAUACAGCAUUUUAUUAGUUUGAAUAAGUCUAGUUUUUUCAUAUAUAAUGCCAUUUUAACUACUGUCCAAUGAUUGUGUCCAAAAGAUUAAAAACGUUCAUUAAAGUUUUUUUGUGAUAUUAAUUGCAGUUUACGCUUUUUACAUUUUUAAAACAUUUAAAAAACAUUGACACACAUGAUUAUAUUGAACAUAGAAACAAAAUGUAUGUCAAUGUAGUGAGGUGUGGGCUGAAAGAAGUACCAGUUAUUUAUUAAAGGGACAACAAAAUGCAAGUGUUGUUUUUCGGUUAGCAAUUAGAUAGACUGAUAUCAACUACAUGUAAUAUUUUGUCGAUGUAGCUAGAUAUUUCUCAUCAAGAAGUGUCGAUUAAGGAAGGUAUAUCACAUAUUACACAUGUUCUGUCUGAAUGAACGAGUGUCAAACAUUUGUAAAAACCAUUGCAUUUCAUAGAAUCUCGACCUUGUUGCUUCAUUAAUCUCUGUCUAUUUUAGUCUAGCAUAAUAAUAUUAUUUUAAAUAUAAUUUUUAACCUUAUUUACAUUUUUUAUUUCUCUUUAUUCAUUUAUUUUCUUAUUGUUCUUGCUACAUAUCACAUGUUUCUGUCUGAAUAAGUCGGUCACUUUUUUGACAUGGCAUGGAUUUCUAGAAUUGAAUAUUUACCGUUAUUUGAAGUACAUUUUUGUUUCUCAACCGUAGGUAUUGUUCAACUAUAUUUUAUCUGGUUAUUUAACAAAUACAAGGUACUUAAUUUGAGAUAUUAUGGUUGGUUUGUUUGUUUCAGAUGCAAAGUGAAAAUCAGUUUGCCGGUACAUAUAAUAGGGUUAUUAUAACAGUAGCUCGUUCUGGGAUGCUGUAUUCGGCUCGAGUGGAUUUUGCCAGUUCGGACCUCACGAGGCGCGCAAGCGCCCUUGCAAAGUCCACGAGAGCCGAAUACAAAAUCCCAGAUCCAGCUACUGUUGUAAUGACCCUUUUAUUAUAUACCUCCACCUUUUCGUUUGUUUAUUUGUAAUCGAACAAAAUCUUAAAUAUUUGUUGAUGUUAAAAUGAAAUGAGUGAUGUUUUAAUGUGCGCUAUUUAUAUAAUUGUGUCAGUUCAUGCAUAUUCAAUGAAAGUAGUCCGGCAACAUACAGUAGAAAAGGUACAAUACGGAUUUUUUUUCUGCCUGGUCAUACUUACUUUUGAAAUACAAUCCGAAUUUUUGACAGAAUUUAUGUAGGUAUAUAAUAAAGAUAAUUACAUUGUGAUAACAAGACUUAUAAUGUUCCGAAAAUAAAUAGGGGCUAUAUGAUACUUGAUUUGUUUGUAUACAUAUAGGUUCAAUAAAAAUGAAAACACUAAGAUAUUUAUAACAGAAGAACAUGAGAUCGUGAAUGCCUUUUCUUACACAAUGGCAUAAGAAAUGUAGUACACCAUAUUUAAGACAUUCCAUUACGACAACACAAAACGUUUUUCGUCUCCUGAUUGAAAUUUGUACUAACUUUGUGGUUCUAAGAUCGUGUACUAUAAACGACUCCAACUGUAUAACAUAAGUUUCUAAAAUUAAAGAAAUUUUACCAUGCAAAUCUUGUAACUUCAAGUACGUCAUGUUCUAGUUUUAGUUACGUUUUUUGGCUUUAUUGUAUUUAUUACUGUUUACGAGCAGACAAGUGGACUGGCUUCAAAUUUGUUUGGGAUACUGUUCAGUGAGUUCACUUUACUAAACGUAAGUUUGACAAGUUCAUUCUGAUUACUUGUUACCUAUUUAAGAAAUAAUUUAUAGCAAAAGAGUGUUUUAACACUAUCUAUGCACAAUGGGCGGUUAUACGUCGGGCGUAAUAAUUUCGAGGGCGCAGCCCGAGUGAAAUUAUUUGUACGAGAUAUUACCGCCCGAGUGUAUAAAUAGUGUUAAAACACGGUUUUGUUAUAAAUUAUUUCGAUUCUAAUAUGCCUUUAAUCUAAAACAGUAGAUGUAGUUGCGCUCUUUCUUGGUCGCAACAAAAACUUUGACGUCACCGGACGUUAACGUGACGUCAUUCUAGCAUAAGCAUGUUUUAACAGAGACAAGCAUAUUAGAAUGAACAUUAUAACACAACUUUUGUGAGUAAUCAAACCGUUGAAAUUCCUUUUAGAGUAAUAAAACCCCUUGUCGAGAGAGGGUUCACAUAAUUUAAUUCAAUGUUGUCGUCUGUAAAUGUCGACAACUUCUAAUACCAAUGUAUAACAUAACAUAAUACUAAUGUUUAUUUCAAAUUGUAUAUAUCACACAAUAUCUGUGGGAGAGCACAUAAUAUCUAUGGGAGAAACAUGAGUGAUUAGUUGAUAUUAAUAGAAUAAUUUCAGGCCCCUGGAUCACAAAAGAAUUUCAGUCGCAGCUUAGUUUGAUAAUGAAAUUUUAUUUAUCACUUAUAUAUCUAAAUUGCAUUUUCAAAACUAAAUGUUAAGUUAAUGACUGUUUUUAAUUAAGUUCAUGAGCAUUAUCGUGACGUAAGACCAUGAUGUUGUUUUGUUGUAUAUUGUAUAAGUAUUGUAUUUUUGCUAAAAUACCAUGCAGUCUUAAUUGGCCUUGUAAAGUUGUUGAUGGGAAGUUAUGUAAAUCAUGUGUCCAAGAGGAGUGAUGUGCUGACUUGUUAGAGCAGCAUCACGGUUGGGUUCGAGUAUCGAUCUUGCUGCAUAUUUUUUCUAACAUUGACACAUUAGUUCAAAUUAUUUUGUUUUUGGAAGAAGGUUCAAACAUAUAUGCUUUGUAAAUGUGUUGGUUAUAUUUCAAGGAUUGUCGUCUGCGCACUUAAUAUAAGGUACAUGAAUAAUUUCCUGUAUUUUAAAAUAGACUGACAUUUAUAGAUACUUUGCAUCCUGUAUUGAAGUAGUUGAUAACAAUAGUGACACAAAAUGUUUACUUGAAAUUGUUUGAUCAAGAUUAUAGUGUAUCAGCAACACCGGACAAAUAUUACUCAUUUCUUAACACACAUUAAUAUCAAACUUGUUGUACUGACUCUUCAUACAAAUAAAUGUAUGAAACGAUCAAAUAA